AUGCUCACAUCAAGACCGUUUGUGGGCUCCAAGUUCAUCGCCAGAUCGCUGCACUACAGUUGUAGCAGGGCCUUGCCACAGAUAGCGAAUGUGUCUUCAUCGCAGUAUGCGAAAAUCUACAAGCCUGCGAGCCGUUCGUACGAGCCCUUGGACAGUUUCCAGCGUCGCCAUCUCGGACCCAGCCCGGAGAAUGUGCAGGACAUGUUGAAGACCAUGGGAUACCAGGAUCUCGACAAUUUCGUCUCAAACCUGGUCCCUCCACAAGUGCUGAAAAAAAGAGCGUUGCAAUUGCAAGCGCCGCAGAACGGGUUUUCCGAACAGCAGAUGCUGGUGCAUUUGCGUGGAAUUGCCGACAAAAAUCGCUACCAGGUGAAAAAUCUGAUCGGGAAGGGCUACUACGGCACGGUGUUGCCGCCUGUGAUCCAGCGCAACCUACUGGAAUGUCCCGAAUGGUUCACUUCGUAUACGCCGUACCAACCGGAGAUCUCCCAGGGCCGUUUGGAAUCGCUUUUGAAUUUUCAAACGGUGGUCUCGGACCUCACGGGUCUGCCUGUUGCAAAUGCCUCGCUGCUAGACGAAGGUACCGCUGCGGGAGAAUCGAUGCUGUUGGCAUUCAGCGCAGCCAAGCGGAAGAAAAGCAAGUUUAUAGUCGAUUUCCGCACGCAUCCACAAACCAAAUCUGUGCUUAAAACCAGAGCAGAACCCUUCGGCAUCGAACUGGUAGAAGUCGACCCUCACAGUGACGCGAGCGCCAGCAAAGCCGCUCUCCAAGAUAAAAACGUUUUUGGUGCUUUGAUUCAAUACCCGGCCACUGACGGUUCCAUUAUUUCCGGUGAUGUGUUGCAAUCCUUUGCCGAUGUACUGCACGCCAACAAAGCGCUUUUGCUUGUAGCAUCCGACUUGAUGGCAUUGACGCUUUUGAAGCCCCCUUCUGAAUUUGGUGCCGAUGUUGUGUUUGGGUCCUCGCAGAGAUUCGGCGUCCCAUUUGGAUUUGGUGGUCCACAUGCUGCUUUCCUAGCGGUUAUUGACAAACUUAACCGUAAAAUUCCUGGCAGAAUUGUCGGGGUCUCAAAAGACCGUUUAGGAAAACCUGCUUUGCGCUUAGCCUUGCAAACUCGUGAACAACACAUCAAGCGUGACAAAGCCACUUCUAAUAUUUGCACCGCCCAAGCUUUGUUGGCUAAUAUCGCUGCCAACUACUGCGUGUAUCAUGGGCCACAAGGUUUGAAAGAUAUUGCAGGUAGAAUCUACGGGUUCACUUCCAUUUUGGCCAAUAAGAUCUCCAAUGAAACAGCUCACACUUUAGUUAACAAUUCUUGGUUCGACACUUUGACAAUCAAAUUGGCCGAUGGAACCACAUCUAAAGAUUUUUUGAAGAAAGCCCUUGACAACCAUUCGAUCAACUUGUUUGCCGUUGACGAAAACACCGUUUCUUUGUCAUUUGACGAAACUGUUCUCAAAGAAGACUUGUUGAACUUAUGCCAGCUCUUUGGUGCCUCAGAAGAACUGCCCGAACUACUUCCAGAAUUCCCACAGGAGCUUUUGCGUACAGAUGCCAUUCUUUCCAACGAGGUUUUCAAUCAACACCAUAGUGAAACCGCCAUGCUAAGAUAUUUGCAUCGUUUGCAGAGUCGCGAUUUAUCCCUUGCCAACUCAAUGAUCCCAUUAGGGUCUUGCACCAUGAAAUUGAACUCUACGGUAGAGAUGAUGCCAGUCACCUGGCCUCAAUUCGCCAACAUGCAUCCAUUCCAACCAGUUGAUCAAGCAGAGGGUUACCGCGAAUUGAUUAAAUCUUUAGAGUCCGACUUGGCCGAUAUUACCGGUUUCGAAGCUGUCUCUUUGCAACCCAAUUCAGGUGCUCAAGGUGAAUACGCAGGUUUGAGAGUUAUUACAGCUUAUUUGAAAUCUCAAGGCGAAGCGCAUCGUAACAUUUGCUUAAUUCCUGUGUCGGCGCAUGGUACUAAUCCUGCCUCUGCUGUUAUGUGUGGUUUGAAAGUUGUUCCUGUCAAUUGCUUGCCUGAUGGAUCUCUGGAUCUUGCGGACCUCAAAGCCAAGUCUGAAAAGCAUAAGAAUGACUUGGCUGCCAUGAUGAUAACAUACCCAUCUACGUACGGUUUAUUCGGCCCUGGUAUCAAAAAUGCUAUUGAUAUAGUGCAUCAACAUGGUGGCCAAGUUUACUUGGAUGGUGCCAACAUGAAUGCGCAGGUUGGUUUGACAUCUCCAGGUGACCUGGAUGCGGAUGUAUGCCAUCUAAAUCUACACAAGACCUUUGCGAUUCCUCACGGCGGUGGUGGUCCAGGUGUGGGCCCAAUUUGUGUGAAGGCUCAUCUAAGUCCUUAUUUGCCUGGCCAUGAUGUAGUCGAGAUGAUGACUGGUGCCUCCAAAGAGAAUCGUAUCACGUCAGUGUCGAGUGCUCCAUACGGCAGUGCAUCUAUCUUGCCAAUUUCUUACGCCUACAUCAAAAUGAUGGGGUCUAAGGGACUACCUUACUCUUCCGUUGUUGCUAUGAUCAAUGCUAAUUACAUGAUGACACGUCUCAAGUCUCACUACGAGAUCAUGUUCGUGAACGAAAAAUCCGACAUCAAACAUUGUGGCCAUGAAUUCAUCAUUGACUUGAGACAAUACAAGGCCAAGGGCGUUGAAGCUAUUGAUGUUGCCAAACGUUUACAAGAUUACGGCUUCCAUGCACCAACAUUAGCAUUCCCAGUUCCUGGCACCUUAAUGGUGGAGCCUACAGAAUCUGAGAAUUUGGAGGAAUUGGACCGGUUUGUGGAUGCCAUGAUAUCCAUCAAGAACGAGAUCGAUCUAUAUGUCGCAGGCGACCGUAAGGGAUCGGUACUUAAGAAUGCGCCUCACUCUUUGGAAGAUUUGAUAUCCAGCUCUGACUGGGAAAGUAGAGGAUACACUAGAGAACAAGCUGCCUAUCCAUUGCCUUACUUAAGGUACAACAAGUUCUGGCCUCCCGUGGCUCGCCUGGAUGAUACCUAUGGUGACAUGAACCUAAUUUGCACAUGCCCUUCGGUCGAGGAGACCGUUGCGAAGCAAGAUUGA